AUGGACAUCCCCAACCUCGCCCUCCCCGCACGCCGUCCACCCGGCGCAACAAUUCCCAGCAACGAAGUCCCCGGGACACCAAUCGCCCAUUUAACGCACCAGUGGCUCGAUGUCUACGAGCGCGGGAAGGGUAUCUUCCCGCCAAUCGCGAUAGUAGCGUCCCUAGCCAACGGGUAUCUCGCCUGGACACUGCGUGAUAUACCCGUCCCCGCGACGACCGGUCAAUCCUGGACAAGCUUCUACGUCACCGCUAUAGUGGUCACGCUGGGCAUGGUACCCUGGACGCUGACGGCAAUGAAGAAUACGAAUAACCGGCUGCGGGCGCAUGCGACGCGGGACGAUGCGGCGGUCGCCGAGGGAACGGAGGGGAUGGUGAUGAGUGCGGCGGAGAAGGUUCGUCGUGCGAAGGAGGAUGACGAGGUUCCUGGGCUACUGUGGAAAUGGGCAGAGUUGAAUUUCUGCCGGUCUUUGUUCCCGUUGGCUGGGGCUGCUAUUGGGUUUUGUGGGGUUGCGUGGAUGAGGUAA